ACAUUUUACAUCUGACACGUCUAGAAAUCAAUUUUACAUAUACGAUGUAAUACCCAAAAUACCAACAUAUCGAUACUUUAUCUGGUAUUUUUAAUAAUCUUUUCUUUUUGGUCACUCUUAAUUCCCACGGUCCCAAGUUUUGAUUUUUUUUCUGAAUGCACCACACAAAGAAAAUGCUGAAAAGUGCCGACAAAGUGGAGGAAAAGUCAAGUGUCUGAGUGCCAGAUUAGCUGAGACGUUUGCCCGGCCCGCGGAAAGCGAGCCAGACCGGGACCCCCACGCAGCCAGAGGAGGCGUAGAAGCAGGAGUGUGAGAAGGAGAGGGAGAAGGUGGAAAAAGAGGAGUAAAAGGAGGAGGGGCAGCAAAGGAUUGGCGGCCACAAUGACCACGCAGCGAACGCAGACGCAGAUGAGGAGUGCAAACAACUCGGACUCCGACUAUGAGACCCUUAUGCAGCGCCUCCAUAUCGGCGCAGGAGGCGGCGGCGGUGGCGUCGGCGCAGCAGGCGGGGGCGUGGCUAUGAGAAGCUACCAGCGCUCGCCGGGCGCCAUCGAGCACUUUCUGCAGGAUGGGCAGCAGCAACAGAUGAUGAUGCAACAGCAGCAACAGCAGCACCAGCAGCAGACUCUGCACCAUCAGGACUACAAGCUAUACGAGCGCGGCAACAUUAUCGCCGCCUCCAAGUACGCCACACCCCGGCCCGUGGAGCAAGUGAUGAUGGGUCACAGUCACAGUCACAAUGGGAGUGCGCACAUCUAUGCGCCCACGGCCCAGGUGCUGGGUCAGCGGAUUGCACCCCAGAAGCACUCGCCCGUGUACGAGAACCUCGAGUUCUAUGGCCAGUUUGAUUCGAACCACAAGCGCGCUCAGCCCCAGAGUCCCGGCAGCAGACAGAGCGCCAUGCUCAGCGACUACCUGCUGAUGCAGCCCAUUGGUGGAGGACGCUUUGCCCACACGCCAGUGCCAGUGGAGAAUCCGGGCGGUGCUAGGGGAGCAGCGGGAGGCGGAGGAGGUCCAGGAGGUAUGCAGCCGGGCAGAUCGAUGGCUCUGGGACCCACAGGGGAUCUCGAGGAGCAUGCAGCGCCCAUCUACGAGAACAUCAUUCCGCAUUCGGGCCAGCGUGCCCAGCCGCAAGCAUCACCGGCCACCGCCACCAUAUACCAGGAGAUGCAGCCGACGAGCACAUCGUCUGGGGGCUCAUCCACAUCCACCUCCGGCCUGGAUCUCAAUGCCCUGCUCGCCUCACCCAUGCACCAGCGCAGCAUUAGCAGCAACACGGCCAGCACCACCGGUUCCCUGGGCUCGCCCACGCAACGCUAUAGGAACCUGUCGCUGCCCAGUCAUCUCAGUCCAGUGCCCAAUGCAUCGCAGUCCUCGGUGGCCAAGCUGCAGCAGCACACGCCCAUCAAGUCGCCCAUUAGCCAAGUCGGUGGCGCCAUCAAUGUCUCCGUGAAUCCCAACUACAUCGAGGAUAUCAACAGCUCCGAUUAUGUGUGCAUGACUGCCAAUCUGCAUAGGAAUACAGCAGCGGGCUUGGCAACCGGCCGAGCGGCGGCCACGGGUGCUAUGCCACAGCGCACUGUCCAGGAACCGGCCAUGAUAACCACUUCUGCUUCAGCGGCGUUGGCUUCAGCUUCGGCGACAGCAACAGCAACAGCGGCAACCAUGGCCACCUCUAUAGCACCAACCACGGCGGCAGCAACAGCAGCACCGAUACCCGCCACUGGAUCCCUGAGAGCCACGCCCAUUGCUAUGACAGCUCCCCUGGCGGUGGCAACAUCACCCACGCCCUCGCAGGGCAGUACAGGUCUUACCAAGAAUCUGCUGCCGUAUAGCGUCACCCCGCCGCGUCCGGCUGGUCCGACGGAGGCCCAGCGUAAGAUCGAGGAGCUAACCCGCCAGCUGGAGGAGGAGAUUGAGCAGAGCGAGGAGCAUGGCGAAUAUUUUGGCAUUUGCCACACCUGCGGCGAGAAGGUGAAGGGAGCUGGCCAGGCCUGCCAGGCUAUGGGUAAUCUUUACCACACCAACUGCUUCAUUUGCUGCUCCUGCGGACGUGCACUGAGGGGCAAGGCCUUCUACAAUGUGCAUGGCCGGGUCUAUUGUGAGGAGGAUUAUAUGUAUUCGGGCUUCCAGCAGACAGCGGAAAAGUGCGCCAUUUGCGGCCACCUAAUCAUGGAGAUGAUCUUGCAGGCCAUGGGCAAGUCGUAUCACCCGGGCUGCUUCCGGUGCUGUGUGUGCAAUGAGUGCUUGGACGGUGUGCCCUUCACUGUGGAUGUGGAUCACAAGAUUUACUGCGUCAAUGACUAUCAUCGAAUGUUUGCACCCAAAUGCGCCAGCUGCGGCAAAGGCAUCACACCAGUCGAGGGCACCGACGAAACUGUGCGUGUGGUCUCCAUGGACAAGGACUUUCACGUGGACUGCUACAUCUGCGAGGAGUGCGGUAUGCAGCUAACCGAUGAGCCGGACAAGCGCUGCUAUCCGCUGGACGGACGCCUGCUCUGCCGCGGUUGCCAUUUGCAGCGUUUGGCGUUACAGUCCUCGCCGCAUGCCCGCCACCAGGAGCCCGUCUGCGCCUCGUACCAGUACAUGGGAUAAGGCAACUCCUUCCGACUGAAAUCAGAACCCGAACCGAACAAAUCUGGAAUCUAUCGGUAUUCCAUUUUGUAUUCCAAUUACCAAUAUUAUUAACUUAAAAACAGACAGAAAUGUGAAGACAAAAUGCAUUUAUAUACAAAAUAGAUCGCUUA